CACACUUGUGUGCGUAAAACCAGCCCCGAACCGGACACAAUAAACGCCUUUCACUGGGAGGAGAAACAACAACAACAAAACACUGAGAAAAACAGCAAUAUGCAGGUGCGUGUGAGUGGUGAAGCUGGACUUGGGAAGGAUCUGACCUGCUAGGACUUUAAUGAUGUCGACUCGGUGUCUGCAGCCCAUCUUUGUGUUUUGCUGAGCACCGGGCUGUGAGAGUGAUCCAGUGCUCCAGCGGCGGAGUGAGAGUGAUCCAGCAGUGGAGUGAGAGUGAUCCAGCAGUGGAGUGAGAGUGAUCCAGAGGUGGAGUGAGAGUGAUCCAGCGGUGGCGUGAGAGUGAUCCAGCGGCGGAGUGAGUGCGCUCCGGGAACUAUGGGACACGAGUGAGAGAAGAGAAGAGAAGAGAAGACGCGCGCGUCGUCUGUGCUGCGUUCAAGAAGAGUUGUGCAGUGAGGGAGAGAGACAUGGCAGCGGCCAUCGCCAGCGGCUUGAUCCGGCAAAAGCGGCAGGCACGGGAGCAGCAUUUAGACCGACCCUCCACUAACCGAAGGAGGAAGAGUCCGAACAAGAACAAAGGUCUCUGCAACGGCAACCUCGUCGACAUCUUCGCCAAAGUACGAAUUUUCGGCCUCAGGAAGCGAAGACUACGGCGUCAAGAUCCCCAGCUCAAGGGUAUAGUGACCAGGUUAUAUUGCAGGCAGGGAUACUACUUGCAAAUGAACGCAGAUGGAUCUCUUGAUGGGACCAAGGAUGACAGCAGUAAUUCUUCAUUGUUCAAUCUCAUCCCUGUGGGCCUCCGAGUUGUUGCUAUUCAGUCCGUGAAGACAGGGUUAUACAUCGCCAUGAAUGGAGAAGGCCAUCUGUACACAUCAGAACUCUUUACAGCUGAAUGCAAGUUCAAAGAGUCAGUGUUUGAGAACUACUAUGUGAUCUACUCGUCCAUGUUGUACAGGCAGCAGGAGUCAGGGAGAGCCUGGUUUCUGGGUCUCAAUAAAGAGGGCCAGGCAAUGAAGGGCAACCGAGUGAAGAAAACCAAACCAGCUGCUCACUUCCUGCCUAAGCCAUUAGAAGUCGCAAUGUACCGAGAGCCAUCAUUGCAUGAUGUGGGAGAGACCGUACCCAAAGCCGCUGCACCUCCUGCUAAAAGCACAAGCGAGCCGGCCGUGAUGAACGGAGGCAAACCCGUCAGCAAGGAGGCGAGCAAGCCCAGCACAUAACCCAGCAUCGGCUCAGAGAGAGAAAGAUUCUCUCCUUCUCUCUUGUAUGGAUCUGGUCCAGACGAGCCCCUCUCCUCCUCUCCUCCUUUUCUGCUCUCCUCUGACUUUCUCCAUCCACUUGGCAAAUCGAUUGCAGAAGUGUGGCCAAGCGUAGCGACGAGGAGGAUUCGACUGGAUGAAUCAGCUCAACCCGCACCAUGGAAUGCCCCAGCAGAUACGGAAUGCCUUUGCCCCCGGGCCCCACCCCUCCCCCUGCCUGCACAUAUAAUAAGAAGACCCAUUUUUCUGUGACUGUGACAAUCCAUGAGAACGAAGAGUGGAACGGCAGCCGUGGGUGCGUUGAGCAGCGGCCAUCUUUGUCUCGCUGAUGGUCACCCGUGACUACUUUUUUUUUGAGCCCUGUAACAGAAGCGUCUAAUUCAGAUCUAUUUUCUAUACACAGUGAACACCAGCUAUGUUCUGGGGAAGUAAACUACUGACUGACUUGCGAGAAAACAGGACUGUCGUCCUCGAAUUUUUUAUAGAGUUUCUUCCUGUGUCUCCUGCUCAGUCUUGCUUUCUUUCUCUUUUGUUUUCUUUUUCAUUGGUCAAACUCGCACUCUUUUCUCUUUGUCCAGUGCUAGAGAAAACCUUUGCAGGGGCUACGUGUGAUUUUUCUAACAACCCUAACAUCCAUCUAUGUGAACACAUCCAGUACACCCACCCACACCCACCCACCCACAUGCACACGCACGCACGCGCACGCACACACGCGUUACUUGUGCAGGACUGAGGUGUGCGUGGUGGCUCGCUUGCAGGGAAUAAUUCAGGAGGACUGGAGUCACCACAGAGCCUAUAGAAAUGCAAAUUAGCUUAGGCUCAGCACUGUUUCUCUUUCUUAAGUGUUUAGAAAGAGACACUGGAAGCCGAUUAUUCACUUACCCACAAAUCCAUGCUGCCCUCCUGCAGUCAGUGCAUGGACCUGAAUGCACAGAGGUGCCUGUGUUCACGUAGCUCAUAUCGUCGCCAAGCCGGCAUAUAGAGGAAGCCAAAUUCUAUUUUUCUUUACUGAUAGCUUAGAGCACACGCUCUAGGAACAUGUAUAGGCCUUGUAGGCCUCAGGUCAAGGCACUCCCCUCACGCUGAACUGUCAGCCAAUCCUGGUGUGGUGUUCACUUAAUGGGCCUUUUUGUUCCGCAAACGCAUGGGCAAGGUUAGUAUUGUGUUCUGUUCAUGACGUAUGAUGCAAAUCAAGAAAUGGCUUCACUGUAUGAAUUUUUUUUUUUUUUAAAAGCUUUAAAAAUAGACGUUUAAUGACUAGCUAUCAUAAUUAAAUUAAGAGAGGUUUUUUCCUAGCUCAGCAUGCAGAGUCCAGUACUGCUCAUAUUGGCCUAUUGUGUGCCUGUGAUGACCUCUAACCCAGCAUGCAAAAACAUGUACCCAGUCUGUGCUGGGUUAAAGGUGCCUCAUGCCCCUAAGAAACACACACAAACACAGAGUGGCUUAGUCCAUCUAUAAACACUCGUCUUACUUCCUAUUCUUUUGUAACGAUCUUGAUUGUGAAUUUUACCAAAGUUUAUCGAUCCAUCCGAGAAUCCAGACCCACCUAUCGCAGUAACAUGCAGUGGGCAGCACUAAAACCUCACCCACUCUGUCCAGUUUUGCUUCUUUGCUCACUGUGACAAAUAUUCACCCGCACAGCAGAAUAAACUUUGCCUUUUUGAGUAAAUCCUGGAUGGGUGGAACUGUAGUCAUGAGAGUAUACAGUUCAUUUGACUAAACACAUGGGGUACCGAUCAGUUAAUCACCUGCAUGCUUUUCCUUAAGGACCAAAAAAAAAAAAAAGGGAAAGGUAUAAUGGAUCAUUCGACUGUUUAAGCCAGCAUUGAACGGGCAUGUUAUUCAAACGUUCUCUCAUCCUACUUUCUCUGAAUUGAAAUGAUAGCACUUUCAAUUCUGAGUUUUCAUUUACUCACGACUUUUAGCAAACGAUCGAGGAUUUUCUGAAUCUCUGAUCAGAUUUGAUAUUAAGCCUGUCUUGCUUUAAUAACUCUCAUAGUUUAAUGAAUACAAUUUAGAAUGUUAUUAUGUAGACCGAAGCUGGGCUGCUAAAUUGCAAAUAUAUCCAAGGCUUCAUUUGAAGACCUGUAUUUUCUGGAAUUUAUUGGGAUUAUGAGCUACUUUCUAUAUUAGGAUGUAUUGAAGCACAUUAGUCUGACUUACAUAUUUGUACAAAGCUGUGUUGCUAGAAUAACAUGCAGUGCCGUUGACGAAGGAAACGUAAAGCGUACGAGUCGAGUCGAGAGCCGCCGUCCCACUUCCACAACCUCCACACCACACACUAAUCAUUCUCUCAGAUGAACUCUACAUGCUGGGCUAACCUGCCCUGCAAACCAGUUGACUAGUCCUGUGAAGGCUGAAUUUAUUUUUGUAAAUGACUGGUGAGUAAAUGUACAUCUGUUUGUCAGUCUGUUUGGUUUCCUCUCUCUCUUUCUCUCUCUCAAAAAUGUUCCUGUGUUCAGUUCCAUGCAGGUGAUGUAUGAUGUUGUCUGUUCAUCUUAAGGAGCGACCACAUAACAUGCUCUUAAUUCUUUUCUUUCUCCUUGUUCAUAUUUUUCUUGGCAAAGUCCUUGUCAUUUGUUCUUGGGUUUCAGUCGUUAGUGUGACCAUUACUUCAUCUUUUGCAUGGGAAGAGGAUGGCAUUUAAGAAAUGCAUGUUGUAGGCUAUGU